AUGUCUAUGGCAGACUACAAUAUUAGUUCUUUAGUUUAUGAUCCCUCUUACGAUCCAACUCAAAGCAUACUACUCUAUACAUCCAUAUAUGGUAAUGACACUGCAAUAACAUUUGACUAUCUUAAUGACAUAGUAAAUGAAAAAAUCAGAGAAGGUAUUUUGUUCGGUGUAAGAUGUGGAUGUGCAACAUUAACGACAAUAGUAAUGUGGCUAGUUUCUAAAAAGAAGAAAACUCCAAUCUUCAUAAUAAAUCAAAUAUCUUUAAUACUCAUUAUCAUACAUUCGGGACUUUACUUUAAAUAUCUAUUCUCUAAUUCUACCUCAGUUACCUAUUACUUAACGCUGUUCCCACAAUUGGUUAGUAGGUAUGAUUUGAAUAUAUCUAAUGCUGCAAGUAUGUUCGACGUACUUUUAGUGGCCUGUAUUGAAUGUUCACUCGUCUUCCAAAUUAGAAUUAUGUUUACUGGUGCUAAUAAUAACAUUCAAAAAUAUAGUUUGAUGCUUAUUGCCCUUUCUACCUUACUGGGAAUUUCAACUGUCGGAAUGUUAUUGACAUACGCCAUAAAAUCUAUUAUCUCAUCAUAUAAUGGGUCCUACGUGAACCCUAAAUAUUACAAUAUCGGGUUCAUUUUAUUCUCCUCUUCAAUUAACUUCAUGACUUUCACCCUAGUUGUCAAGUUAUUGGUAGCAAUUAGAUCAAGACGUUAUCUUGGUCUCAAACAAUUCGAUAGCUUCCAUAUCUUAUUAAUCAUGACGUGUCAAUCACUUUUAGUCCCAUCAAUAAUAGUCAUUUUAGCCUACAGUUUAAGCUCAACCGAGAGUACGGAUGUCUUAAUUACCAUAAGUACAUUGUUGGUGGUACUUUCCUUACCACUAUCGUCAAUGUGGGCAUCAGCAAAUAAUAAUAUGUCUACAACAACUAUUUCAAACAGUUAUCUCUCAGAUUACACCCAAAGUGACGGCACUGGAUUCCAUCCAAAUGACGGGGACAGUAAUCAUUCAUUCCAAAUUAGGAGCUCUCCAAGAAGUGAAGUCACAAAAAUCGAUGACUUAGAGAAGAAUGCCUUCUAUGAAUUGACAAGAACGAAAUGGCAAAAGAGCAAUUCAGAUUCAAGUGAUCUUGACGAUUCUUCUCUUGCUGAUGAUUUAUAUACUCCAAAUACUGAAGCUGACAAAGAUGCAAGAAAUUUCUGGAUAAAUGAAAAUGAAACCAUUGAGAAUAUAAAUGCGGAUACUAACUCUUCAGGACUAAAUGAUCCUAACCCUUAA